AGCAGCCAAACGAGUUGCAUACAUCUAUUACGAAAGAGUGUUUUGUGACAUCAUAAGAGGCUAUGGAGGAGGAAGAGGAGGAAUUCAUGGAGUCGGUGACGCCGGAGGGUGACGAGGAGAGGGAGGAGCAGGCUAUCGAGGAGCACAGCUCGGCCGGAGUAGGUAACUUUGGAUCUGAAGCCACCACUCCAUUCACCGAACAAGAUGAGUCGGAGGAUACAGAAAAGGCGAGCGCCGAGGACGAAGAAAAAGAAGAGUCCAGUCAGGAUAUCUUGGAUAUCGAUUUGAAUUUUGGCGACAUGGAGCUAGAAUUCGAGGAGGUGCUGGAGGAGCUGUCGCUGGACCCCCAGCUGGAGCGGUUCCGCAUCGAAUACGGCAAGCUGCACUCGGCGCUGCAGCGGUCGCACCACAACGAGCGCUGCCUCAUGGACAAGUACCGCGAACUGCAGGCCGACAUCGCCGCCCAUUCGGCCGAGGUGGCCACCGCGCUCAAGCUCGCCGCCGAGGACAAGCAGACAAUCGACGCGCUGAAGAGGGAGGUGGAAAAGGCGUGGAAAAUGGUGGACCUUGCUCACGAGAGAGAGCAGGAGGCCAAGGAGACGAUGGAGUCGCUGCAGGGCGAGAUCGGCCGACUGCACGAGCUAGCCGGACAGGGCGAGCAGAUCUCUAACGAACAGCAGGAGGCGAUGGACGAGCUGACCGACACGAGAGCCGAGGUGAUGCGAGAGAGGAACGAGCUGCUGGCGGAGGUGAACAAGCUGAGGGAGCAGCUGGAGCGUCUCAUGACUAGCCAGGACAACAACGACAAACUUCGCCAAGACACGGACGCCAAGCUGCAGAACAUGACUCAGGAGAUGCAGGUGUACAGGAGUGACCUGCAGCGCGAGAGCAGGAGGAAGGAGCGCGCCGAGCGUGACCUCAAGGCGGCCAGGGCCGACAUCGAGGCCAAACAGGCCGAGCUCAGACAAUAUCAGACACAGCUUGGCCAAAACCAAGAGCAAAUGGAGAAGGCUAACGCCGUACUGAAGGAGCAAAAGGCGAUGAACGAGGCGGCCAUACGGGAGGCCGAGCAGGUCACCGAACAGCACGAGCGCCUGAAGCAGGACUACGAGGCAGCCCUGCUGAACAUGGAUCAGCUGACGCAGGAGAACCGGCGUCGUGCCACUGAAAUGAAGGAACGCGAGGAGGAGAUGACCGCGCUGCACCAGGAGGUGCUGCGCCUCACCAAGCUGCGCGACACCAUGACGCGCAAGCUCCGCUCGGCGGAGGAGCUGCAGGGCCAGGCGGAGACGCAGCAGGAGAUGGCGCUCGCCACCGUGCGCCGACUGGAGCACGAGCUGGAGGACACACACCACCAGAUGGACGCCGACACGAAGGCCACGGAAGAGCUGAGGCACGAGCGCGAGCUGCUGAAGAAGGGCAUCCUAAAGUCGCAGGACGUAUGCAAAAUACAGGAGAACACUCUGAGGCUGCACGACCAGGCCAAGAAGCAGCUGGAGCAGGAGACUGGGAAGCUGCGGCACGCCAUUCUCAAGCAGAAGUUCAUCAUUGCCCAGCUGCAGAGGGAUCGUGAUAAGUUCAUCCAUGAAGCAGGCAAACUGACUGAACAUAACGAAGCACUGGUGGAGGACAUUAAAUUGAAAGAGCUAGAGAUUUUUGAUUUCAAAAAGCGAGUUGCUGAAUCCGAUUCACGACUAAAACAACAACAAAGUCUUUACGAAGCUGUCAGAAGCGACCGAAAUCUGUAUAGCAAGAACCUGAUUGAGUCGCAGAACGAAGUAUCCGAGAUGAAGAGGAAGUUCAAGAUCAUCAUGCACCAGAUAGACCAACUAAAAGAAGAAACUGCCGCACGAGAGAUGCUACUGUCGAAAGAACAGCUUGCGCUACUCCAAGUGCAGAAGGACAGAGAAGCACUGAUCCUUGACCUCGAACAACAGCGAGCCUCAGCCGUCAACAUGAAGGCCAGGAUCGCCGGCAUGGAGAUGGAACACCACAAGCUGACAAAGGUGCUGGCGGAUGGCGACGCGGAGCGCAGCCGGCAGCGCAAGGACAUCAGCCAAAUCAUGACCGAGCGCGACAUCCUGGGCACGCAACUGGUGCGGCGCAACGACGAGCUGGCGCUGCUGUACGAGAAGAUCCGCAUCCAGCAGAGCACGCUCAGCAAGGGCGAACAGCAGUACCGCGAGCGCAUCAACGACAUCCGCCUGCUCAAGCUGGAGAUCAAGAAGCUCAGGUGA